UAUUGAUAAACAUAUGAUAAAAGCCAUUGAAAUGCGAGUGAAUUGUGGACUCAAUUAGACUUAAGUGUGAAUUGAAUUGCAUUUUAAUCACUAAUUGUUUGCAAAAUUGUGGACAAAAUGAAUGAUCAAAGAAGGGAUCGAAAGGACAAACACUUGACGAAAAUGAGAUGCAAUGAAGAGUUGAGAGCAAAGAAACGUCAGAUUCAUGUGAUUCUCAAGAAAUGCACUUCAGAUCAAACCGAAGAAGAUUUGCAAUUAUUAAAGGAAUCGAAAUCAUUGGUUGAAUUGGUUUUGACGCGAAAACAAAGACUUGAGUUGAAUAAAGAGCGGAUCAAAGAAGUCGAAGACGAGCCACAAGUGUUGACAGACAAGUGUCACCUUUUAUCCAAACUGAUCCGAGAGUCUAAAGGAAUGGUUGUCUAUACCGGCGCUGGAAUCAGCACUUCUGCACAAAUACCCGACUAUAGGGUCUAUGAUUUCCUUUUCCUGUGCAUCACUUCGACCGACGAAAUGGGUAGAGUCAGGACUAAGACUAUUAAGAAGGCGUCGAGAGUUAUAAUCGAGAAGUACUACACAAGACUUACUAUCGAUUUCCACACCAAUAAGAGAAUAUGCGAAGAGAUAGCUAUCAUACCAUCGAAACGGCUUCGCAACCAAAUCGCGGGGUUUGUCACUCAUCUGAUGAGACGGAUCCAAAGGGCGCCCAUUAGAGGCAUUUCCAUCAAACUGCAAGAGGAGGAGCGCGAGCGAAGGGACAACUAUGUGCCCGAUGUGUCUGCCAUUGACAUGGAUGUGAUCGAAGUGGAUCCCGACUCAUUCCUCAUGCUGAAGGAGAUGGCAAUGGACAAGAUUUCUGGUUUACAACAGACUAACCCAACCGUCCCUUUCAGAGGAUCGGUUCGUCCUUAAGAUAUGAUUUCAUUUGAAUUUAUUAUCAAAUCAGUAAUAAAUGUUUGAUUGAUUUAUAAAGUGAUA